GUGUGUGUGAGUGAGUGAGUGUGAGUGAGUGAGUGAGAGAGAUAGAGAUACAGAAAGAGAGAGAGAGGGCGGAGUGAUCGUCGUGAACCUUGGUUCUGCUCCUUCAGAGAGGUUGUUCAGAGGACUGUUUGACUUGUCAGUAUCAGACACAUCCGCUGUCUGAAGCGCAAAAUGAGGCGAUUUGUCCUCAAAUACUUUGUAUUCGCUCUGGAUUUUUACCUCGUCCUCACUGUUGGUUUAAAGGACAUCCCGAUUCUUGGAUCAGGAAAAAACAAUCCCAGACUACUAAUCAAAGGUAACGUCUACUUGUCACUUCUCAAUAUCAAGAUUUUAGUCGAAAUUAUCUCGCAAUGUUUUAGAUACAUGUAGUGUUUUAAAAAAAGGCCAGGCAAGAAAACCGUCGCAGAGAUAAUCCUGUCUGUAAAUCCGUUUUAAGGCUGCUGCAGUCUCUGUUUAAAGCUGCAGAUUGUGAUGUUAGUAAGCAGAGUGCGGUCUUUGCAGGUGUCAUAUGGAAAAUGUUACCCUCCCUCUCUUCCCUCAGAUAUCCUCGGUGGUGGAUUUGCUUACACUGUCCCUCAGAACCACAGUGUGUUUUUCUAUCAGACUGACUAUGAGGAGAUGUAUGUUGGAGGGACUGAUUUUGUGUUAAAACUGGACGUGAAUGAUUAUCACAUUAUAGAGGUGGGUGUUUCUAAACUUAUAACCCUUUUGAAUUUUUUUUAUUUUCUAUAUUUAUCCCCUGCGGUGCAUUCACUAGCCUGCACAGUCUACUGUAAAUGAAGUUUUCUGAUGUUUUAUUGAUGAGCUCCCAGCUUGAAGUCUAUGGCUCAUCUGAGAAGCACUUGUUCUGCAGCUGGGGUCAUAAUUAGAUGCUGUACUUUAACAGAUGGCUUUCAAAGACCCAUUGUUACACUGUCUGGCAGCACCCACUGAGAGUGGUGUUCUGUCAAAGCAGCUGAUAUGCAGUUUCAAGUCUGGAGAAGCUGCCUAUUAACUGCUGGUGCUGUCCAAAACAGCUCCUGAUACAAGGUUUCCACUGUAUAUUUCCAGUAUUAGUAUGGAGGCCCUAAGAGGCAUGAAAAAAGCUAGCUAUUUACAAAGAUAUUUUUAUAUUUUAGCUUUAAAACCUGUUGAAAAUACUUGGUUUGUGUCACUUUGUUGUUGUUUGCAGUUUAAAUUACAUUGUGGACACAAGAUACUUAAGUACAUGUCUGAAACUUGUUCUUAGAGUAAAUGCGCUCAUAUUUUGGUCUGUCAUGUACAUCUAAAAAAAACCAUAAUAAUAUGAUUUAAAACAUACAAAUAAAUGGGUAGAAGCAGAAGCAGCUGUUUAAGCUGGAGACAUUAUCUCAAGGGGAGCAGUGUUGUAAAUACAAAUAGAAAAACCAUAGACGGUUGGAGAAUUUUAUAUUAAUCCACCCUUUAUCUUGCGCAAAUAUUAAGGAGUUGCCAUAAAACCAAAGUUUUAGGAGCAAAACUUUCAGUGAAACAUUCCUCAGGAAUAAGUCACGGAUAAGAACUCAGUUUACAUUCACACUCUUUCCAUAAAAGCUCAUUUAAAAUAAAAAAUCUAAAUUUUUUCCAAUUGCUAUCUCCCUACAGAAAUAUCCUCUUGAAACAACAGGGCAACAGCAGUGCCAAGAGGUCAGUAACAAGAGGAAACACUUAUUAAUCUGUUCAGAAAUGAUGCAGCAUCUACAUUGAUAGUUUCUGUCCUCUAGGGGAUGAUUUGUCUGCAACGUUUUUGUGUCUUUCAGGGCCAAUGUGAAAAUGUUGUCACAGUCAUUGAGAAGUUUCAAGACAGCCUGUUCGUAUGUGGAACGAACGGACACAAACCGCAGUGCUGGAAGCUUGUGAGUGUUUGUAUAUGUUUCUAAAUGUGCGUUACACAUGUGUUCAACAUACUGCAGUCCGGGUGGUUUGUUCAUUUCUUUAGAAGCAGCAGCAGCAGAGAAAAGCUGAUUAAGGCUUGAGGCUUUGUGGUUAAAUGACUAUACCUCUAAUUAAAUAUAAAUCGCCACCCUGUCUGAAAUUUCAGCAGGGUGUCAGAUGUUCUUUUCCAUCCCUGUUGUCUAGAGCUUACUCAUGAUAUUCUGGUUGUUUUUGCAGUUUUCUUCAGUCAACAAUCAGUCCUACGACAUAGUGGAGAGUUAUGAGGGGACUGGCAUCUCUCCAUUUGCAUACACACAGAACUACCUGUCCCUCACUGUUGGUAUGUUAAACACAGCUCCUUUGAUAACCAUAAACUGUGUUUUUUCCAAGGCUUACACACGUGACUCAUGGCUGCAGGCUUAUAUAACUACAUCCAGUCAUGUGCGACAGCAGAGCUGGCCAGCCAGAGCAUCUUCAUAUUAUUAAAUUAUAUAAUUUACCAUGCUUCCUAUGUUCACAUGAUGUCUCUUUGCUAUUUAUAGAGGGAGAUCUUUAUUCAGCUGCUCCUCUGGAUACAGAUGGAAGUUCCUUACAAUUCAGGAGAAAGGCUGGCAGCAGAACGAAUGUCUGGAUGUAUGACAGCUGGGUAUCAGGUGAGUAAAUUGAUUUAAAAAAUAAAAUGAAUAACUAAAUCAUCCACCUGUAGUGUCCUUUUGCAUAAAUCAGAGCCGCUUAUCUCAAAACUGUUCUGUUUUUGGUUCCUUCCACCCGGCAGCGCUCUGUUGUUGUUAGUUUUGCCAAGCUCCUGCGUCACUUAUCAUCCGCUGACCCCGCCCUGUACCGUAAACGAUAAAACAGUUUACUAAACAUGCCUCCUCACACCCUCCCUCCCUCCUGCAGAGCCCACGUUCAUCUCCUCAUCCUGGGUGAGGCGGAUGGAAGACCCUGAGAACGAAAAGAUAUACAUCUUCUUCCGUGAGAAAAACUCAGAUCCCAACCCAGAGGCUGAGCCCUGGAUAUCGAGGGUGGCCAGAGUUUGUAAGGUACGCUCAGCCGGACACUGGAGCAGAGUAAGGUUAUGCCAGCAAAGCUCUCAUUAUUACUCAAGUGAAUACGAUCAAACUGCUUCAGUAAGCGAGACACCGUUCCUAGGAAAGGCACUUAGCUCCCGUUAAUUUACAGUGGGAAAGAAUCGCUCCUGGAAUUUAGAUCUUUUAAACUUUUAAUCGUAUCUCAUAAUCUUCAACAGCAGAUGGAGUUUUUAUUUCCAGAUAUCAUGAAUUAUAGAUGUUACAAUCCCAUUAGGUGAAAUGAGUGAAAGCUCCAGAGGACUCACUAAAUGGACCUUGAAGUGAGACUAUUUGUCUAAACUGAGAGUUUCAAAGUAAAGACUCAAAGUGGAAUCAAAUCAGCCCUAACAGAAUAAACCCUGUGCCGCCCUCUGACAUUAGAUUGAUAAAACCAUAAUAAUAAACAUGUUUUCAUUCUGCUAUAUCUUUGAUUCUUAUUUUGAACCAAACAGUAGUUAGAUUUUGGCGCUAAAAAAUUCAAACACUAACCGUUGUCAAACCAGUUCUGGCCAGUAUUGACUGAAUCAUGUAUUUUUAUAGCAGCAGUGAAGGUCAGACAGAGUUUAUUGUUGUACGUUAAAUAUUAUUAAAUUAUAUUGAUAUGUUAAUUCCAAGGGCUCUGGCUUUGACACAAUGGAUUUAUUGGCACUGUGCUAAAGGGCAGAGGGAGAUACUGUACAGCCUUUAUUUGCCUUAACAAAGAGUGGCUUCAUCAUGGCAGCCAGACAGUUUGAGUGUUUAUCCAGAUAAAUCUGCAACCAUCUGCUUCCACCUCCAAAAUUAACACACCAGAGAUACUAAUAAUGGGGUGAAAUACAGUUUUUCAGGGACCUUUUCGAGAUUAACCCUCAAAAUGUCUUGUUCCAGAAAUCAUGGUCUCCAUAACUGUGUCUAAUAGUCCUGUCAGACAACUCUUAAUGGUGAGCGUUAGGAUUUGUUGGCGAAUUGAAAGAAAGUCUUCCUCAUCAGCGUCAUGUUGCAGGUGGAUGAAGGUGGAUCGAAAAGAUUCUUCCAGAACAUGUGGACGUCCUUCCUCAAGGCCCGGCUUGUCUGUGGUUUUCGAGAAGAGUCGCUGUAUUUCAACCGUCUCCAGGAUAUAUUCGUGAUGCACGCUGAAGAUUGGCGCAACACCCGAGUGUACGCUCUUUUCACAAGCAGCUGGUGAGGAACCUCUUUCUUUCUCUUCCUUAAUUGCUAAUUGCUAAGCAACGGGAUGAGCAACACGCUGACAGUUUGACACGCAACAGCUCUGACGUCAAAUUGAUGGCUCAGCGUUUUGUGAGGUUUUUUUUGCAAGUGGAGACUAACAUUUACUCUGGCCUUUAAGUUUUGACCUUCACAGUUUGAUUAAAAAAAAGACUUGGUCCACUAGUUAGUUAAUUCAGUCAGAAUAGCCAGCAGUCAAGACUGUCCUUUCCCUGAUUUGCAAAAUACUGGUCCGAUAUGACCAAAGAGGAGUAGAUUCAGGAUCUUAGAUGGCCCUUUCUCUCAACACCUACCCAGCUAUGACUGUGGCUGGAAAGCUUUUGCAUAUUGCUUUUGCAUGUUUUAAAACCACCUUUGUGUGGAGCUGCCCUUUGACCACUAAGCUUUCAUUCAAUUGGCCGGACAGUGAUGUGUCACAGUUGCGACAGCACUGACAUGAAGCUAGCAUGGACUCAAAAACUGGACCACAAACAGGAAGGUUAAGAUACAAGACUCGGUUUGGACUAAAGCCAUUAAAGCUCAAACCUGGUAGACAGACGGAUCAGACAAACAAAUCCAAUCAAGUUCAGGGCUGAGAGUCACACUCCUUUGGCUUGGCUGUAUGUCAGACAGGAAGAGUGUAGGAUGGGAAGACAACACGCAAGAUAGUCAGGCACACACAGAGUGGCACACAACUCACAUAUAUUUACUGCUAUUGGUCAUAGGUGGUCAGGGUAAGAGGUUUCGAAGAGAAAGAGAGACACACACUUGAAGUAGUAGAGAAAAACAAAGGCGGUGUCUGAAUAAACGCAGAUGUUACCCAGCUGUGGCCAAAAGGUCGAGACAUACUUGCUAUCAUAACCUUCAGCAGGUCCCGGUGGUAUAUGGCACAGAAACAGUUCAUUUAUGCUAACUUCACUUCUUUCCUUCUCAGGAAUGCCACAGCGGUUUGUAUCUACACCGUAGGAAUGAUUGAAGAGAUAUUUGAGAACUCUACUUUUAAAGGCUACAACAAAGACAUCCCCACACCAAGGCCAGGGACAGUAAGUGUGUGUUUUGUUGCUGUUUCUCUGCACAGAGACACAAUACUUUUUUCAAGAAUGUCAUUUUCCUUUCCAGCAUUCUGAUUCAUUCGUUGUGGUUACUCUACUGUAUCUCAUAAAUAUGACCCGGGGUUGCAAAAACAAAAGGCAUGUUACAUAAAUGGGUGGGCUGAGGAAAAUAUGUGUCCGACUGCAUAUCCCCAUUUAGUGUGGUUCAGUGUUUCCAUCUGUAGUUUUUCAACAUGAGGUCUUUUUGAGCCAAGCCCUGUUGGAGGAACUGAAGGGGCCCCUAAACAUAGCUUUGAGGAACUUCCUCUAGCCUUGGUAAACAGUUUACUGUGUUUAGGACACAGUAAACAAAAUAUGCUAAGAUACAGUACGCCUCAGUUUAAUGGACCCCAAAACAAUAAAACUGUUCAAACAGAGCAUCCUAUAAACUGUCUGUUUAUCCUCUCAUUUCCUGUGGCGCACAGACUUCUUUCAAACACUUUUAUCUUCCUGUAUGUUUCAGUGUGUAAAAAACAGCAAGGGCUUACCACUGGCUACAGUGAACAUGGUGAAAGAUUACCCAGAAAUGGCUGACUGGGUUCACUCUGUGCAUACUGCAGCUCCGUUUUAUACAAGCAACUACAACUACACAAAGAUAGCUGUGGACCAAGUCAAAGGAGCCAAUGGAGACAUGUAUAAUGUUCUGCUUCUAGCCACUGGUAAGUUCAGUUUUCAGACACGCUUACUUUGUGUAUCUUCUCAUCAAAAAUAAUGAGCUACAAAUAACAGAGUACUGUUUUGCCCCCAAAAUAACACAGUUUGAAAUUACUACUUGUCUGUGUUCCUACAGAUUCAGGGAAGAUCCAUAAAGUGCUAGAGGCUGAGUCACAAGCUUUCAUCAUCUCUGAAACACAACUCUCCAGCCACUCGAGUAUACGAUCAAUGAAACUGGACUCCAAAAGGGUACGGCUCACUUUAAGUCACAUUCAUUAUGCUCUGCAUUGCAGUGUUUUAAUGCAAAUGAUAAUCAAUAUUCCCAUCAUUGUCUGGAUCAGUCAGAAACAGAUUAUGGCGUUACAGUCGUUAAAGAGCCAGAAACAAAUGCUGAUGUAGCUUCAUGUCACAUGUAUAAUAAGGAAUGAUAUGCUUGUACAUGCCCUCUUGAAAACAUUAAAAGGUGGAGACAGUUUGAUCAAAAUCAUAGUUGUAGAUUUAACUGAAAAUUGUUUCUCUUUGCACAGAAAAAAUUAGUGGUGGGUUUUUCUGAGGAAGUGGCGACGAUGGACCUCCAGAGGUGUCAUCAGUACAACAAAUCCUGCCAUGAGUGUGUUUUAGCGCAGGACCCGUACUGUGCCUGGACAGAGUCUGGAUGCACCCCAACUGUCCCGUAAGUGUACAACAAACACUUUUCAUAUAAAAGCAAUUAUAUCAGCACAAUAUCAAACUUAUUUCUAUUGCAGAAAUAAUGGAAUAUUUUUUCUUUCUUAUUUUUUUUUCUUACAGUGGGGGCAUUCAGAAUAUCGUGGAUGGAAAAACCAGUGUGUGCUCUUCUUCAGGAGGUAACUAACACUAUGACUGGCUGUCUCUCAAUUUGUACACCUGCCUCAAAAAAUGUUGGUCUCAUCUCUAUUUUACUUGUAAUUUCUUUAGCUCAAAAGCAAGUGAGGCGGACCACACGAGAGACGGCUCCAGCGUCACCAGCUGAUCUGCGGACAGAUCAUGCGGUCCCUCUUGGAGUCCCUUUCUAUCUGUCUUGUCCUAUAGACUCGUACCACGCCGUCUAUACCUGGGAGCACGGAGGACAGAAAAGCCCCUGUCUGCAAAUGCAGUCAAACUGUCUGCACUUAAUUCCCUCCAUGGAACAGGACAGCUACGGCACCUACAAGUGUGUGUCUGAAGAGAAAGACUACACCAAACUGGUGAAAAAUUAUCAGCUUAUGGAGCAGAAAAUUGUUGAAACAACAACAAGCAACGAGAGAAGCGACAUCCUGAACAAAAGAAAUUAUGCGUCAGCUUUUGUUCCACAGAUAUUUUGCAUUAUUCUUUGCCAAGCUUUAUCUGUGAUGGGGAUGGUGUGACUACUUUCUUUCCAUUAUCAAGUCCAAAAACAAAAAAAAAGCACCAGAGCGCUUUGGGCAAUUAAUGUGCCUCUGCUUUCCUGCCAGCACACAUGCAGCUCGGAAGGAAAUCGACUCUAACACAGAUAAGGUCUGCAAGCCAGAGGUGAUAAAUGGAAAAGUCUCUCCUUUAACCUUAAACCGUAUUUACAGGUGGUCAGACAGCUGUGUUGGGCAGACAAGAUAGGGUUGAAAGCUCGGGAAAGAAGGUGUGGUCAGGUUUAGUUGGUGUGAUGGAGGGAGGAAGGGACUGGAACAAAGUAAAGGGCCUUAGUAGUGCAUCAUGAUUGUUUGGACUGGCUGAUGAUCAGUCAGUGAUUUCAGCAGCCUGCUUGAACUACAGGCAACAUUUCCUUUUAGCAAGUGUUUUCUUCUGUAGAUGAUAAGGGAUACUAGAAAGUGUAAGAGGUAGUCUCCUGAGAACUGAAGUAUGAGGGCAUGAUGUAACACAGACAUGAAAGCACACAGUGAUUGUAUUUUUAGGGGUUUGAUGGUAGUGUCGAUUUUUGGUCCAUUUGAGCUCAGGAAAAAAACAUUCCACUGAAAAACACGUCCUGUGUAAACUUCCUCUGUGUCUCCGUCUAGUGCAGAGAUUAUUCUGAACAUUGUUUGGGGAAGGGUGGGUGUAUCCAGGGACCUCCACUGCAUUUCCCUGUUUUGUUUAACUCUCCAACCGACUUAACAAUGUGUGGCCAGAGAGCUAUUUAAAAAAUGUGCAAUACAAAAAAAAAGGACUUCCAGUGGAGCAGAGGUAGAAGCACUAUAUUUUUUAACAGAACCAUUUUUGACCAAAAAUGUUAAAUAUCGUCAAUAUGAAGAUUUCAUAGUCACUUUAAGUCAGCAUUACACUUCAUAUAGAACGGAUUUGGGAUGGUUAAUGAAGGCGAUAGUUUUGCACAGUAUGCACAAACCUGAAAGCAACUUUUGAUAAAAGGAGAGAGUAAGACUUGAAUGAAGGUGCAGCAGAACAGGGAAAGGUAAAUGUCAGAAUACUUCGUUACAGUAGCAAGUACAUAUAGGUCACAGAAUUAGCUAAGCAGUGUCCACUGAAAGGCAAAAGCUAUUUUAAAAUAAUCCCCGCAGUUGCCUCCAAAAUCCACAAGACAAUAGCAGAACAGUCAGUUUUUUUCCCCAUGAAGUUAACUUUGGAUUUAUGAAUUAAAUGUCAGUUGUUUCUUCUUGCACACUCAGAAAAAUGACUCAUGGCAUAGUUGAUUUUUAAGCAUUUACAUCUAUUUGAUUGUAUUUAAAUUAUUACAUUUUUUAAUAAUUUAUGUAUUCAAAUGUCUUAGAAUCAGCAUAAAUCUGAUAUUCUGAAAACGAUUUAAUUUAAUCAGUUCAAAUUUAUGAAUAUAAGUUAAAUAUCACAAGCUGUAGAUCAACCAAGAUUCAUUUAGAUAAAAUUAAUGAGACAGAAACAAACUGGAGUUAUCAAUAAUGAAUACACAAAUCUUCAUUAUUUAACACAUUGGGUUUGUUGGUAUUAUUACAUAAAUCCAAUUCUUAAUUGUUUCAUUUACAUUAGAAAAAAAUGUGCAGCACAUAAAGUUUAUUUGCUUGUUUAUGUUAAAUCUAAAUAAUUCAAAUGGAUGGAAAUUUUGUAUGCAAUGAGGCCUGAAUGUUUCUGUGAGUGCAAAAGUUGUUGUGUUCAUUAAACUGGAAAUAUUAUUUAUUUUUUUAACUACUAAGAUUAACUUAUUUAUGAUAUGACCUUAAUUUUGGUACAAUGUUAAUAUAUAAGUGCAAAUUACUAGAUUUUUAUACAUGGAAGAAAUUAAUGUUUUAAUCACUUCAUAAGUUGCAUAUUUUUGCAUUAUUGUUGCUUGAACAUUCCCCCUGAAGAGUGUUCGCAAGCAUGGUUAUUUUUUUAUUCUGAAAUAAAAAGCAGAAUAUUAAAGUU